AUGAUAUAUGGGCCUCAUCAGAAGAGUCUCUAUGGGUGGGCCUAUCAAUCUCCAAAAGCAAUAACUGGCCUGACAAAAAUUCUGGAGAGCGAAAAACAUCCUACUCAGACAGGAGGAUUAGCAGCAAUGGCUAUUGCAACAAUAGCAGCAGUAGCAACAAAGCCAUCCUCAAUACCCCUACUAACAAGACAAAGACGGAAAUGGGUCUUCACUCCUUUGGCUUUCUGUUCUUCUUCUUCUUCACGGUCAGCAAGUGGAAGAAAACUGAUUCUUUAUUCGAAGCCUGGAUGUUGUUUGUGUGAUGGCCUUAAAGAGAAGCUCCAGGCGGCAUUCUUGCUCUCUGGCUCUCAUUCCCUCCAGGAUGUUGAUUUACAGAUAAGGGAUAUUACCAGCAAUCCUGACUGGGAGAGGGCUUACCAGUAUGAGAUACCUGUUUUGGCCAAAUUACUAUCUGAUGGCACUGAGGAAACUUUACCCAGAAUAUCUCCUCGACUUGGAGUGGAGCUUGUCCACAAAAAGAUAGCAGCUGCUUUUACCCAAUAA